GACCCAGCAAAACCAAUGAGAGUAAAACAGUGAAGGCGAUCAAGGGCUUGCUGAGAUUCUUGUAAUGAGGCUCGGCCGCUGUCGCCGAUGACGUCACUGCUUUGGAUUGGAAGAGGAACCUUGGCCUUGCGUCCUCGUCCAAAAACUCCAUUUUUGAAUCUGGGUCUGGAUCUCAAACGCAGCACAGAAGGUUUAAUAGGUCAGACCCGCCCAGUUUAGCCUAUUCAAAACCGCAAUCAGAGUUCCUUUUUAUAGAACCCAGAUUAGAUUUCCUAACACCCAAAAUGCAAAACUCACUUGUGAUGAUUCAAAGCUGCUUUACUAUCUCUCACGACGUAUGUUUCAAGAUGCACGCCACCUGCUUGAGAAAAUGCCUAGCAGAGAUGUUCAUGGACGGAUUGUGCAUUGGACUUGUUUGGUUACUAAGUACGCGAGAGGCGGUUGGGUCGAUGAGGCUCGGGUGUUGUUUGAUAUUAUUCCGGAGAGAAAUGUGGUUACUUCUAAUGCUAUGUUGUCGGGGUAUGUGCAGUCCGGGAGGUUGAGUGAGGGUUGUCAGUUUUUUGAGGAGAUGCCGGAGAGGAAUGUGGUGUCGUGGACUUCGAUGCUGUGUGGGUUGGCUGGUGCGGGGAGGAUUGAGGAGGCGAGGCGGUUGUUUGAGGAAAUGCCAGAGAGGAAUGUUGUUUCUUGGAAUGCGAUGAUUGCUGGGUUGGUUAAGAAUGGGGACUUGGAGGGAGCAAGGGAGGUUUUUGACCGGAUGCGGAUGAAGAAUGUUGUUUCUUGUAAUGCUAUGAUUGGUGGGUAUGCGGAGCAUUGUAGCAUGGAUGAGGCCAGAGCUUUGUUUGAUGGGAUGCUGGACAGGAAUGUGAUUACUUGGACUAGUAUGAUAUCUGGUUAUUGUAGGUCUGGCAAUGUGGAUGAAGGGUAUGCUUUGUUUUGCAAAAUGCCAGAGAGGAAUGUUGUUUCUUGGACAGCCAUGAUUGGUGGCUUUGCUUGGAAUGGAUUUUAUAAAGAAGCUCUAUUGUUAUUCCUUGAAUGGAAUGGGAACUAUGAAACAAGACCAAAUGGAGAGACGUUCAUAUCGCUUGUAUAUGCUUGUGCUGGUAUUGGGUUGCCUCAUCUUGGAAAGCAACUACAUGCUCAGUUGAUUGUCAACAAUUGGGACCAUGAUGAUUGUGAUGGCAGGCUAUCAAAGAGCCUCAUUCACAUGUACUCGGCCUAUGGUGUCAUGGAUUAUGCAGAUUUUCUGUUUAUGAAGCAUUCAAAUACUCGUAGUGUUCAGUCUUGUAAUUCAAUGAUUAAUGGUUACUUACAGAUUGGGCAACUAGAACAGGCUCAGAAUCUCUUUGACAGACUACCAAUCCGAGACAAGAUCUCUUGGACAUCUAUGAUCACCGGGUAUUUUAAUGUUGGGAAAGUAUCAAAGGCUUGUUAUCUGUUCCAAAUUAUGCCAGAUAGGGAUGCAAUUUCAUGGACAGCGAUGAUUUCAGGGCACGUCCAAAAUGAGCUUUUUGCAGAAGCCACUGAUAUCUUCUUUAAAAUGCGUUCAGAAGGUGUUUCGCCUCUGAAUUCAACAUAUUCAGUUCUUCUUGGAGUUGCUGGUGCAAUGUCAUAUCUUGAUUCUGGGAGACAGUUCCAUGGCCUUCUGAUAAAAACACAUUAUGAACUUGACUUGUUUAUUAGUAACUCACUGAUCUCUAUGUAUGCCAAAUGUGGGGUGAUAGAUGACGCUUACCGUGCAUUCUCAAACAUGAGUUUGCGGGAUUUGAUUUCUUGGAAUUCCAUGAUCAUGGGGUUUUCUGACCAUGGGAAUGCAAAUGAAGCUCUGAAGAUCCUUGAAGCAAUGGAACAAUCUGGGGCUCCCCCGAAUUCUGUAACUUUUUUGGGCAUCCUGUCAGCAUGUAGCCAUGCAGGGCUAGUCCAUAGAGGAUGGGGGUUUUUUAAUGCCAUGAGUGAUGUUUAUGGAAUUCAACCAGCUUCGGAGCAUUGCAUUUGUAUGAUUAAUCUUUUGGGUAGAGCUGGGAAGGUAAGGGAAGCCCAAGAAUUGGUUUGGAGGCUACCUUUCAAACCAGAUCCUGCUGUUUGGGGAGCAUUGCUUGGUAUAUGUGGGCUCGGUGAGACAAAUGCCGAGGUUGCCAAAUAUGCGGCCAAACAACUCCUGGAGCUGGAUCCCUUAAAUGCACCAGCCCAUGUGGUCCUUUGUAACAUAUAUGCAGCAAAUGGUAUGCAUAUUGAGGAAAAAUCACUGAGAAGGGAGAUGGGGUUGAAAGGAGUUAGAAAGGUUCCUGGGUGCAGUUGGAUUCUGUUGCAAGGGCGAGUUAAUGUAUUCCUCUCUGGAGAUAAAUUACACCUGGAUGUUGAGGAGAUGCUGUCAAUCCUCUUUGGCACCAUUGGUGAAUCACAAAAACAGUUUAGUGUAUGAGGAGUUGCAGACAGUACAGAGAAAGUGUCUACGUUAAAUUUUACUUGGCCACAUCAUUGCAUUUGGACUAGAUAUUAGAGGAUAUCACAUCCUAGAAAGCACAAUAUUGACUUAACAAGCAAUGGUGAAUUAGAAUGGGAUUGGAUUUAACUAAUACUCGAGGUUUUGCCUUUAUCUUGGACUAGUUUGUGGGAUACCAUAUGACAUUGCAGUUCAAAGCAGAAAGAUCGGUGUGACACAGAAUUGGCCCAGAAUAGAGGGAACCCUCCCAGGUUUGCCUAUACCAAGUGUGUCUUGAAGAUUCUGGAAGGAAGAAAUUAUACUUGGUAGGAACAUAUGGAGUUGGUAUGGGAAUGUAUUAGAGGUUGGUGUUGAUGCUGAAUUGUUUAUUUUACUUGUUGAAUUCACGUAAACCCACCAAGAAACCAGUGGUGCGUCCUAUUUUAUUGAUUCAUGAAGCAAUAUAUACUUCCCGAUUUCUGCAUCUAUAUUAGUUCAAGAUGACUCUUCAUCUCCCUAUUUUUGUCAGCAUUGGCCAUUUUCUGGUAUGCUUAUAAGAGUUCAUAGUUAUGUUGAUUUUUAUUUCUGAGUCUUUUACUUGCUUUUAAGUCUGUGAUGAACCAUUACAUUUUGCUCGUACUUUGUAGCAUUAACAUGGUUAGCAUGUAAAUUUGGGUCUAUUUUUGUAUCGUAAGGACCUUAUUUCUGUAGGAAAUUUCAAAACUAAAGUCAGAAAUUUUGUUAUCUUCCAGAUAAAUCAUGAGUAGAGUAAUAGAUGCCUCAACUCUUUGAUCUCAGAAAUCUGUGUGAGGAUCGUGGAUACAUCAUAAACUCAAAUAUCCAUAAGCUUUUUCUUCCUUUUUUCCUCCUUCAAAAUUUACGAAUGCUAUGAUUUAAGCAGACAUGUAUGAAAUCCUUGCAGUCUUAGUUGAGAAAUUUUUAAUUAGCUGUAGCAA